CAUCUGACCAACUUAGCCAAUGAUCUUCUAAGAACGAUCUGCGUGAACGCACCCAUUGGCUACAUUGGUCAGAUUCUGCGCAGAACGGUCUCUGUCAAUGCACCCACUGAUUUGGGCGCUACAACCGGUUGCUAGGAUUCAUUCGACAAAGUUAUCUAGUAUAAUCAGGAAGUAUCUGGUACAAACUAACUAAUUAUACACUGGAGGAAUUGAGUGAUAACAGAUAUUUAGCACAUAUCCUUCACGUUUAUAAUCCUUUCGAUCUGCUAUGACAUUAUACCCCCUUGAUGAUUUUGUUCACAAAAACUCCCAAUUUUGAUUGUGUUAAAAGAACAAAGAAAUACAAGUUGAUUUUAAUGCAAAAAAAGUUCAUUAAUCUGGCUAGAAUUUGGGGACAGCUGUGUUCCCUUCUUGUGUGUAUACACUGCAAGACAGAACGAAAUGCAUUUUAGCUGCAGUCUCAAUACAACACUGGUACACGCGCUUUAUUAGUUUCCUCGGUAAUGUUAGACAUAACAACAAACACAGUGCAUACAUCGAUUGUAUCUCCCGCCCCCUUUCUCCUUAGUGAUUAGUCUUGUCUGUAUCGUUUGUGUUGGAGCCCGCCAUUGACAGUGUUUGAUCAUUGAGCUGCUUUCAUUGUAUUUUUUUUUCAAUUUGUUUAUAUUUUUACACUAAUUAAAUAUCCACGACCAUGGGGAAAACUGAGGAAGACGAGAUAAUAAGGAUCGCUAAAAAGAUGGACAAAAUGGCGCAGAAAAAAAAUGGGUCUGAAGCAUUGGAUCUUCUGAAGGAAUUAAAGAAUAUACCCAUGACUCUGGAAUUGUUACAGUCUACAAGGAUAGGGAUGUCGGUGAAUGCCAUCCGCAAGCAAAGCACUGAUGACGAGGUUACAUCGUUAGCAAAGUCGCUCAUCAAAUCCUGGAAGAAGCUAUUAGAUGAACCAGGAGGAGCAGAGAAAGCACCAGAAGAGAAGAAAAAGGAGCCUGCCUCAUUACCAGUCCCUGCACCUGCUUCAUGUUCACAGAACAGUCCUGAACCAAGAGAAAAAAGCUGUCUGUGUUACAAGCUGUCAGAUCAGGACUUCACGGCCAUGCUGCGCUCAGCUUGGAAUACUCCGGUAGUGGCAGCAGUACUGCGAACUCCGGCAGUGAUGGUGGCAUUGGCAGCAGUAAUGCUGCCCUCAGCGCAGGACACCGGCAGUGGCAUGUUCCGGCAGCUGCUACAGGUGGAGGUGGUCUCUUCACCACCCACCCUCCUUCUCUGUAGCCUGCGGCUCCCUUUUCAUAGGCUGCCCAGGGCGGUGAUGUGCAGGCAUCCCCGGGCGAUGGCGUAUUGGCAUCCCCAAGUGGUGGAGGCGGGAACAACAGGAACCGGACGAGAAAACCGUGAUGACUAUAUUGCUAUUGGUGCCGAUUGCGAAGAACUUGGAGCCCAAAUUGAGGACUGUAUCUUUCAAGAAUUCAAAAACAUUGACAUGAAGUACAAAAACAGGGUUCGGAGUAGGAUCGCGAAUCUGAAGGAUAUUAAAAACCCCAAUCUUAGAAGGAAUGUCCUUUGUGGAAGUGUUGCUCCAGAUAGAAUGGCCAGGAUGACGGCAGAGGAUAUGGCCAGCGAUGAACUUAAGGAGAUGAGAAAGAACCUCACCAAAGAAGCAAUCAGAGACCAUCAAAUGGCAAAGACAGGAGGCACCCCGUCUGACAUGUUCUGUUGUGGGAAAUGCAAGAAGAGGAAUUGUACAUAUACACAGGUUCAGACCCGUAGCGCUGAUGAACCUAUGACCACAUUUGUUUUCUGUAUUGAAUGUGGAAACAGGUGGAAGUUCUGUUGAAGAGUAGAGCAUUGUUCCUAUGGGCAAAGACGAAUACAGCUGGACCAGGACUUCACGAAUACUCAUUUUGUACCUGUGUUUGUAAACUAGAGCAGACAUAGACAUUUUAUAUCUAGAGGAACCUGGUGUAUACAGAUGGCCACAGAGAAAAACACAUUUUAAUUCAGUUAUUGCUUCAUCUGAACCAUUUAUUGUAUUUUAAUUAGUUAGAAUUCCAUGUUGAUUGAUGUUAAAGCAUUUUUUAUAUGUAGUUUAACAUUAAAAUUUGAUCAAUAGCUGGUGCUUUAUGCUUUGUCUGUUUUCCUUUGAAAGAAUUCAGAGUUGUGAGCACUGAUCUGGUGAAUGAUCACAACUUGAAAUGUUCAAUCAUACAAUGAGGUAAAUCUAUGUAAUGAGAAAUAAAGUGAAGCUGACAAACA